AUGUAUACUAAACGAACCAACCAUUACCUCCACAUCCAUCCGCUGAUUGGCCAAUUCCCCUACAGGAGAUCAGCACAUCUUCGUAUUCACCGUACGCCGUAUCCAUCAUCGUGUAUUCGUGUCCAUGCACACACACAGACGAUCAACGGCCUUCAAAUACCGUCCUCUUCCUCCUACUUUCGGCCGUUUUGCUAUCUCGCAGCCUUGCUUGCUUGCUUACUCGACUUCAACGCCGACGCCGUUGCGUACAUGUAUUUCAUCUACGCCCACCAUGACGCACAUGGCGAAGCAUCAGCACACUGUGCUGCCAGAAUCACCUCGCAUCAGGCAGCAACCCUCAGCCCGUUUGAGCUACCCACACCGAAAGACAUGCGCACGAGUACAUACCGUUGUGUGAGACCUUGUAGUUGCCCGCAGUGGCGAUUAUCGUGGCGUACCAAGCCCGGUCUCGUGAAUCAAGAUUGGUUCGGCGGGGCGGCCACGCUAAUCGAACCGCAGUUGCAGCCUGCGUCAAUCUGUAUACUCAGAUCCUGGGCACAGAAACCAUCACGAAGAUUCUACCACACUCGCUCGUUGCGAGGCCGCUGCCGUUUCUUCCACUGCCCGUCUGUUUCACUUAUAUUCUCUUGCUCGCUGAUCUCCCGACUUCCGCAAUCGUCUCCCUCCGUCUGCCUAUUCAGUACUACCACGAUCCCCGCCAAUAUGUAUCUCAUUCCUCCUAUCCGAUUCUCCCCCUUUCAAGUCAAAUCCGUCCCUUCGUCGAGCGGUCAAGACCUGCACCCCUUCUUCCAACCGCAAACAUCGCCUACUUCGCCCACCUCAUCAGCUCCCAAUUCCGCUCAACCAACGUCGACCAUACCGACCCAGCCAGAGAGACAGAACAGCACGCUGUUCCCACGACCCAGCACAUCUCAAUCAUCCACCUAGAACUCGCCCCGAGCCUCCUAUGAAACCCAAAAAAAAAUAUCAGCUUCCAUGGUAC